UAACAACCUGGGUGUUAAAGUACAAUAACACAAGUUGGUGGUCGUCUGUGCCCCUUUUCUUUGUCCCAUUCACACGUUCAGCAUGGCGUGGACGAAGUACCAGCUGUUCCUUGCGGGACUUAUGCUCACAACUGGCUCCAUCAACACAUUAUCGGCAAAAUGGGCUGACAUGUUCUCAGCGAAGGGCUGCAAUGAUGACCCUGACCAUGCCUUCUCUCACCCUUUUGUACAGGCGGUGGGUAUGUUUCUGGGUGAGUUAAGCUGUCUUGCAGUCUUCUACAUCUUACUUUGCCACGACAGACGAAGCCCAGAGCCCAAGAUGAACCCGGGCCAGAGCUUCAACCCUCUCCUCUUCUUCCCGCCCGCCAUGUGUGACAUGACGGCCACCUCCAUCAUGUAUGUUGCUCUCAACAUGACCAGCGCCUCCAGCUUCCAGAUGCUGCGCGGAGCCGUCAUCAUCUUCACCGGCCUGCUCUCUGUGGCGUUCCUGGGGCGGCGCCUGGUAGCCAGUCAGUGGCUCGGCAUCCUCACCACCAUCCUGGGCCUGGUGAUCGUGGGCCUCGCCGACUUCUUCAGUGGGCACCGCGACGACACGCACAAACUCAGCGACGUCAUCACGGGAGACCUUCUGAUCAUCAUGGCUCAGAUCAUUGUUUCAGUGCAGAUGGUCCUGGAGGAGAAGUUUGUCUACAAACAUGACGUCCACCCUCUUCGGGCUGUUGGCACUGAAGGUUUCUUCGGGUUCUUAGUCCUGUCGCUCCUCCUCAUCCCCAUGUACUUCAUCCACGUGGGCAACUUCAGCGACAACCCUCGCCACGUCCUGGAGGACGCGCUGGACGCCUUCUGUCAGAUCGGCCACCAGCCCCUCAUCCUGUUGGCUCUGCUGGGCAACACCGUCAGCAUCGCCUUCUUCAACUUCGCCGGCAUCAGCGUCACCAAAGAGAUCAGCGCCACCACCCGCAUGGUGCUGGACAGCCUGCGUACGCUGGUCAUCUGGGUGGUGAGCCUGGCGCUGGGUUGGGAGCAGUUUCACGGCCUGCAGGUGCUGGGCUUCCUGGUCCUGCUGGUGGGCGCGGCGCUCUACAACGGACUGCACCGCCCCCUGCUGGCCAGGAUGCCGUGCUGCGCCGCGAUGGUGAACGCAGGGGAGGAGAACAGCCCGGCUGAAAGGGAGAGACUGCUGGGUGACGGCAGCGUGCAGGCUGGUGACGAGAACUAGAGGUAACAGUGAACUGGACUGUCCUCCAGAGGCGCUGCACCUUUCACGUACGCUGUCACCGAUAGUCUCUUUUUAAGUACUGUUUUUGUUCACACCUCAGAUUUUAACUGACCUCACACAGUGUUGAAAGAUGCGGGAGUGUGCAAGAACUGUUAAAGGAGUAGUUCCACAUUUUGGGAAAAUGGACACGAGUUCAAACAAGUUCCCAGAUUGUUCAGUUAUUCCUUCAAUUAAACAGCUGGUAGUUUAGAAACAAAGCAGGAAAUAACCUAAAGCCAGUGUCAACAUUUACUCCUGACUCUCUUGUAUAUUUUUUAUUUUUUAAAAAGGAACUUGAACUGACUUAGUGCUAAAUCACGAAAGCAAAAUAUGAGAAUGUACAUAUUACAUCCUUUUGAAGGUUUAUGCAGAUUUUCUUAAAUUGAUGGAUUAAUGUCUUGAAUGAUUUUAGUGUCUGUUCAAAUGGUCGUGGAUGCAAACUUAAUGGCUGGUUUCAUUUUGUAUGAUUGUGCCAAAGUGUUUUCAGUGUGUGCACCGUGUGCCAGUUCACUGCCUUGUGAAGGCACGGCUAUAGUUCAGCAUUUGCUUUGUCAUCAAACUGCAUUUUUUCUUAAUCUCACUGUAGGUGGACAUCUCCUGUGAGCAGAUUUUAAAGAACGCGUCUGUAUAUUUGCUCUCUGAUUCGUGUGGAUUUAUUCGCACAGAUGGACGUGUGUGAAAAGGUCAGAGCUCCUACAUCCAGUGAUUCACACUUGUUGUUGUAAAUCCUGCUUCUCCUUCUCUAUUUAGUAGUUUCAGGCGUCGGCUGUAACGCACAGUGAGAAAAAAAAAGGGAACUGUCAUUAAAUCUCGCUCGGUGCAGUGAAACCUGAGUUGACCUGCUGAAAACCACAGUGGAUGUUCUGUAAUCACAAAAAUGAACGUUUUUUUUAAACCAAUACACUUCUGCAACAUCCCACAAAGUCUUAAAGUCUGUUCUGCAUGAUUUAGUUGGUACGAUGUUGUGUUUCGAGCUGAAUAACGUGUCCGUGGAUGGAUCAGUUGUCGUCACAGUUGUUAGUGGAAGCAAAUAAGGUGAAUAUUCUGUUUCCAGCUUCUCAAAUGGGAAGAUUUGCUGCUUUCCUGUGAUUUAUGUCAUUCUAGAGUGAAUAUCUUUGGGUUUUGGUGAUUGUGCAACAAAAGAUAUUUCACAGGUUAAUGUUUUUUACCAUUUUAUGACAUUUUACGCUCUACAAGAUUAAUCUUUUAAUUGAAAAAACAAACAACAGUUUAAUUUGUAUUGCAAGUGAUCAUUAGUAGUUUUUUAGGCGCCGAUGUUUGCUUCUUAAUACAGUUUGGAUGGACAAAAAAUGAGACUGUGAUAUAUAUGAACACCACAAAAUUCUGUUUUUUAAAUGCAAAUAUGUUAAUCACACAAAACCUUCAGCUAACACCAUUUCCUUACAGCCACUCUGGUUCCUAUAAAGUGAAAAAUCAUGUGAUGAAAAUAUGACAAAAGUCGGACUUUGAAGUUCAGAAAACGCCAGCUCAGCGCCGUGAGCAGCCAGUCAGGGCUCCAUUGUCGGCAGGCCCCACUGCAGCAGCUGACACCUGCCUUCACUUCCUGAACCGGCCCACCAUCCUCCCUGAAGACCGGUGUCAUGCUUUCCUGGAGGUCGGAGGUUAAACCCAGGAGUCCCCCGAGAUCUGCGCGCAUGACCCCGUCCAGGAACAGGAGCUGGAUGAAGGAAAAUGUGUUAAUUGAGCAAAUACACGUUGAUUUAUGGAUGUUAAUUAACCACAUGUACACGUUGAUUUAGAGGCUGCAGAUUUACUGAUAAUUGUUUUCUUUAAUUGAUGGGCCUGUUUAAAGAAAGAGUUGCUGCCUUCAUUACAGGCAUUUUGACGCAGAGCUUCAAGUUAUUUUAACAAAACAAAAAGGCUCACCAUAUUCUUAAAUAUGUAAUGCAGGUAUUUCAUUCGAUAA